CAAGUUUAGGGGAAGUUGAUGUAACUUACCCAACUACCAUCAUCAGAUUCUUCCUUCCCUACACUCCUCCACACCCAAUCACCCUUUCUCUCUUCACUUGUUCGAUCCAUCCAUCACUUUUCCCUUUUCGGCCUUUCCUAAACCCAAUUCCAAUUCCAAUUCCAAUUCCACACACACCCCACCGCCCCAGAUUGAUUAUCACUACCGCACCUUCAAUUCAACCAUAAAGUAUUAGAUGGAACUGAAAUUACAAUAAUGGACAAGUCAUCUGACAGUCAAGAGUUGACCAACGACUCCAACAGUGGAGACGUGUCUAAUCAAGAAACAAAAUCCAAGUCAACAAAAGUCGAGGAGUCUCACGAUAGUUCUAACCAAGAAGGAAGUUCCACAACCAUACAACACAACAAAGAGCUAGACGCUCGACAUGAUAAACCUACUUCUCAUAACGAAAGUGCUAGAUCAGAAUCUUUACAAGAAGAAAACACGAUGGUUAUAACACCGAAAAACGCCACUAACACUUCACAGCAAGCUCCCGCAUCAGAAUCCGACAAUGAAAGGUUUAUUGUGGCGUUAAGGCCCGAGAAAGGGCUCAAUAAACUACCACUAAGACGUAACGCUGACAAUGUUACUGUUGCACAAUCCGCACCUUCUGAUCAAGGUGUUACGUUCUCAAAACUACCUGAAAAACCAACUGGUGACGGAUAUAACUGGAGAAAAUACGGUCAAAAGCUUGUGAAAGGGAAUACGUUUAUUCGAAGCUAUUACAAAUGUACGUUUGCUAGUUGUCCAGCGAGAAAACAAGUGGAACGUACACACGAUGGAAAUAUUACGGAAAUAAAUUACUUAUGGAAGCAUGAACACCCUAAACCUCCACAUACGCUUGUUAAAGGCUCGGCUUCUGUUAUGCCUCUUCCAUCAAAAGCUUCUCACGAGCCUUCUGAAGACCGUUCAUCUGUGCUUCCGGCGACAUCUCAUGAUCAAGAGGUGUCGGAAACAGACACGCAUCAACUUGCGGUGCAUCCUGUAAAUGAUAAUAAUGUGGAAGCUGAUGUUAAGGUGAAUGAAAGGAAAAGUGAGAUGAAUAACGAUUUAUCAUCGGACGUGAAGAGACAGAAGAGAGAGACUUUUAGCAUGAGUGAAGGUAUUCCAACUAAGACAAACUGCGAGCCGCGAGUGGUUGUUCAGACAACCAGCGUAGUUGAUGUCGUAAAUGACGGCUAUCGGUGGCGCAAAUAUGGGCAGAAAUUGGUGAAAGGCAAUAGUAAUCCAAGGAGUUAUUACCGGUGUACAAGUGCUGGUUGCACCGCUAAAAAACACGUGGAACGCUCAUCUCAUGAUGAAAAAGUGGUGAUUACGACUUAUGAGGGGCGGCAUGAUCAUGAAAUGCCUGGAGGUGCUAAUGCUGGUGCUCGAACCGUUGCUCAAAAUGUCUCGGGAACUGGGACCGGGGCCGGUCCAACAUCGGUUGAAAAUGAGGGUCCAAGAGCUCAACCAGAAUCUGGUGGUAGGGAAAUGGUUUUACAUGUUAGUGCUACAUGAGCCACAAAUACUAUGGUUAUCUAAUUUACCCUAUGGUUCUACCUUAGGUCUUAAUGGUAGUCAUGUAGUGUUGUUAUAUACCAUAAAUCUUUAUGAUUUGCAGAUUAAACAUUGGAUUAUUUGGAUGAGUUAUAAAUUAUAAAUAUCAUGAACAAGUAUUUAUAUUUGAUUUCA